GAUAGCUAUCGACACGAAUGUACACAGUAUACAGACCAUUUCUACACAGAAAAGCUUAGUAUUUUGACUGGUGAAAACACGAACAACGAAGAUGGAUUUAAGAUGAAACAAGUUAGGAGAAUGUUAACAGGAUGUAGUGUGGGUUCAGUUGUGUCUGUAUAGCUUUAGAAAUGACCGUAAAACUACCGGCCAGGACACAGGUGCUCUGUAGUAAAUCGGGUAUGGCUACGGACCGACGGUGAACGCGUCGAAACAGUGACUCUGUGUCAACAACGACUGAUCGCAUUUGGGAACUAAAGUAUAAAAGCAAAUGUGGAUAUAGCUAUGUGUAAAGAUACUCCUGUUUCCUACUGUUACCAGGAAAGUGUGAGGAUUUGAGAUACAUACCUGUCGAGUAUUUCCUCGAUUACAGGUGUGACAAUGGUACUCGAGUUAUGUCACUGACGGAGUAUUCAGGCAGGAUUUCGGAGCCACGGGAGUCUCCGGGUUUUAGAUAUGGCAAGUAUGGAGUUUUGUGGUGACAAGAUGUCAUUCAGAACUUUACGUUACACGUUUCCCCUGCUAGUUUUACUGCAGUUUCUGAUAGCCUUUGCCCAGGGCCAGGGGCCUGGGUCAGUAUGUGGUAAUGUUGCAAGUGAACGUUUCUCUAUCAGGGAGGGUCGACCUGGGGGCACAACGGUCGGGUCAAUUACCACACAAUCAUCGUACACAUAUUCAUUUAAGGAACCUCAAACUCUGUUUGAGUUGCACCCCACAACCGGGGAAAUCACCACCAAAGUGGAAUUGGAUCGUGAAGCGUUGACGACAAAUCCCAUACAGAUCUUGGUCAUACCGCGAUCCAUGUCGGGCACAACACAACAAUGUCCAACGGAUGUUUUCAUAACUGUGUUAGACGUCAAUGACAACUCGCCCACGUUUCCUUAUCCCAGCAUCCAAAUCAGAUUCAACGAAAAUGUCAACGUAGGGUACCAGCAGCAGCUGACUAGUGCGACCGACAUAGAUCAAGGCAACUUCGGUACAAUCACCUCUUACACCAUCAUCAACAUGACGGAUUCAGCCAACGAAAAAUUCACUCUGAUUUACGACAUAGAUCAGUAUGGAUACAGCCCUCUCAUUCGUGCCAUUGGUGGACUAGAUCGAGAGGUGAAGGAUUUUUAUCAACUUUGGAUAUCUUGCCAAGAUGGAGGUGAUCCGCCGCGCUAUGGAUACUUACAGGUGAACAUCACGAUUGCUGACUACAAUGACAAUGCACCACAGUUCUCCCCAAGUCAGUAUGUUGCCAGUAUUAACGAAAGUGUGCCGGUCGGAACCUCCGUGAUAAAAGUGGAGGCCACCGAUAAGGAUAUAGGUGAAAAUGGAGACAUUUCGUACAGAAUAACUGACGACACUCAACAGUUCACCAUUAAUUCUAAAACUGGAGAAAUUUCAACAACAGUCACACCACUGAAGUGUACACGUCGGUGUGACCGUUCAAUCAAUGAUGCGUGUGAGCCGUCCAGCUGUAUGCUGACUAUUGAGGUCGAGGAUGCGGGCCGUCCUCCCCUUUCUGGGCGGGCUUAUGUAACAGUCAAUGUGAAAGAUGAAAACAACAAUGUACCAGAAAUGAAAGUGACCUAUUUACCUAGUGGUAGUCUUGGAUAUUCAACAAUAGAUGAAAACGCAUCCAACGGUACCAAUGUUGCUAUAAUAAGUGUUAGUGAUAGUGAUACCGGGAGUUACGGAACUAUUUCGGACGUGCGCAUUAUAGGCGGAAAUGAUUAUAAUCACUUCUUCCUGCAGAAUCGUCUCAACAACCAACUAGAAUUUCUAAAAGUGAAUGGAAAUGGUGUAUUAGAUCGGGAGAGAAUUGAAAAAUACAACAUAACAAUAAUGGCAGCAGAUGGAGGAAUCCCACCAAAAACCUCUCUCAAAAGUAUUCUAGUGUAUAUCAAAGAUGUCAACGAUCAUCAUCCCAUGUUUCCAAAAACACAAUACAGAGUAUCACUGAGUGAAACCGUGCCAGUAUCCACCUAUGUCACAAGUCUGACCGCUAUCGACCUUGACACCGGUGACAAUGCCAAGCUGUCCUAUGCCAUAAUUUCCGGAAAUGAGUUAAAGUGGUUCAAAAUAGAUGCUAAUUCAGGGCUUGUCACUACUCAAGCCUUACUGAGGUAUGAGCUUCAGACACAAGUUGUAAUGAACAUAUCGGUCCAUGAUGGGAGUUUGAAUCCUUUAUAUAACUUCACUUCAUUGAUUGUUACGAUUUCGGAUGAGAACGACAUAACACCCACUUUUGAGCACCAAAUUUACAAUGCGUCCAUAGCUGAAGGAUUACAAACGGGGUCAAAGGUCAUUAAUGUUACUGCCAGAGAUUACGACUCGGCUCCCAAUGGAACUGUAACAUACUCUCUACACCACGAUGUAAGUGAGAGAUACCCAGCCACAUUCAAUCUUGACCCUAACUCUGGCAUUAUCACAACGCUUAAGGUCCUCGACAGGGAAGUCAUCGCAUAUUAUGUAAUUAGAAUCAUCGCUCGGGAUGGGGGAACACCAGCAUGGUCAUCUACAGCUACUGUCAAUAUUAAUGUGGAUGAUAUAAAUGACAGCAUUCCAAGAUUUUAUCCUGUAACAUACUACGCCCAAGUUUUAGAAAACAAACCCAUAGGAACAAGCGUUGUAAGGGUGUUUGCAGAAGAUCCUGACUAUGGAUCAAAUGGAACAGUUUAUUAUUCCUUCAACGGAAAUUAUCCUCAAUUCAGUGUAGACCAGAACACUGGUCUAAUCACAACGGCAGCCAUUUUGAAUCGUGCCACCCAGUCUACAUAUUCGCUGAGUGUAAAGGCAACAGAUGCUAGAGGGAGGACAAACGUACAAACAGCUUCAGUGGACGUUGUCGUAACGGACCAAAGCGUUACUCCGCCUGUAUUCAGAAACAAUGUGUAUAACUUCAGUAUUGUAGAAGACCCCACCAAUAUGCCAGUGAACUCAGGACGCACUGUGGGGACGGUCCAGGCAGAUACAGCAAACGCUGGGGUGUCAAUCUCAUAUGGUAUUGUGGAUGGUGACCCGAACAGUGUCUUCGUCAUAAACAGUGCGACGGGAAAGAUCACUAAUAACAAACGAGUUGACCGGGAGGAACGAGCUCAGUAUGAUCUGAAGGUCAUUGCUACAGCAGCAGGUCUGUUCGGGGAAGCUACGGUUAGAAUAAUUGUUUCCGACAUCAAUGACAACAUACCUAAGUUUACAAGUUCAGUUGCCGAAGCUCAAGCAGUCGAGAAUUGGCCAGUUGGUCAUGAUGUGUACCUAGCUAAAGCUACUGAUGCUGAUGCCGGUCCAAAUGCCCAGAUUUCUUACCGAUUACAGUCCACACCUGAUAUGUUCAAUGUAAUCCCAACAACAGGUAUGAUCUUCUUGGCUAAACCAAUAGACAAAUCAAAUGUGAAGACCUUUGUGGUGAACGUCAUAGCCUCGGAUGGUGGAGCUCCCCAGCUUUCAUCAACAGUGCGAGUUGAAAUUGAAGUCAUUGAUGUAAAUGACCACACUCCGGUAUUUUCCCAUAGCAACUACGAAGUUUCACUGAAUGAGUCACUAGCUGUGAAUUCCCAGUUCUUUACUUUGACGGCCACAGAUGAUGACAGUGGUCGGAAUGGUCAAGUGACAUAUAACAUAACAUCUGGGAACGCGGAGAGAAAGUUUGGUAUCUUUCCAGAUGGCAAACUCUUUCUGGCCAGGAUGUUAGACAGAGAGACGAAAGACCACUACAAACUGACCAUCACAGCUAAGGAUAUGAGUGUAGAACAGCGAAGUUCUUCAGCAAACGUCUCAAUCUACAUUCUCGAUGACAAUGACAAAAGGCCACUGUUUGACAACGCUUCCUACUUAUUUGGUAUCUCAGAAAAUCAACCAGCUGGAACAGUGGUAGGGAUGGUCAAAGCUACAGAUUUGGACAUUGGACGGAACGCAGAGCUGUCGUACUACCUUGAUCAAAACCAGGACAACUUCACUAUUGAUGCUCAAACCGGGGAGAUAUCAAGUUUACGGCCCUUUGACAGAGAAUACCUCAACCAGACCAUGGGGAGAACAUCCUAUACGUUUUCUGUGUAUGUCACGGACAAUGGUCUCCAGAGACUGACUGAUUCUGUCAUGGUGGUUGUCAAUGUUCUUGAUGUCAACGAUAAUCCUCCCCAGUUCAAGGAUAAGGUCUACAGGGCCUCUUUAUUGGAGGACGCAGCAGAGAAUACACGUGUCCUGAAAAUCGGAGCAUCUGAUAAUGACACCAAUGAAAAUGCUGCUCUGUCGUAUCUGAUCGUAGAUGGUAAUGCGGACGGCAGGUUUAAGAUCAGUGCUGGGAAUGGGCAGAUAUAUUUGAGUGGAGGACUUGACAGAGAAAAUCAGGACAGUUACGCUCUAACUAUUAUCGCUAGUGAUUCUGGGAAGGACGUUCAAUACACUGCUACAACAACUGUUUCCAUUACUGUCCUUGACGUUAAUGAUAAUGCUCCUCUCUUCGACCAGACUGCCUUUGACAUUGGUAUCUUAGAAACAACACAGUUAGGCGAAGAAAUAGCCCAUUUCACAGCCACAGACACUGAUCUAGGGGAGAACGCACAAAUUACAUACAAAGUCACUGAGAACGGCGGCAUGUUCAACAUCGACCGUAAUACUGGAAAACUUUACUUGGAGAAAGCUCUGGAUUAUGAAAAGAAAUCAGAAUAUCAUUUGAACAUAUCAGCUGAAGAUAAGGGAAGGACACCUCUACCCCAAUAUGCACGCCUUACCGUGCGAGUUCUGGAUGCUAAUGACAAUGCACCAGACUUUGGAUCAACUCCAGCAUUCGUGACUGUUUCUGAAGAUGUCGGACUGUACAAUAACAUUCUCAAGGUCACUGCAACAGAUCCUGACGCUGGAAAUAACGGAAAGGUUGUAUAUUCUCUCAAGUCACAAGACCCACCUGGCGACCAUUUCAAGAUUGAUACAUCAAGUGGUUAUAUCUACAUCUCAUCGAUCCUAGACCGGGAGUCAUCACCGACCUUCACCUUAAAGGUCAUUGCAUCGGACUCUGCUCUUCCUUCUCUGAGUAAGUCUACUGAGAAAGAAAUUACUGUCUUUGUAAGUGACAUCAAUGACAAUGAUCCCGAGUUCCUAUCCAUGGAUGCUAUUGCACUGCCUUAUCCAGCAGGUCAAGGGGCGUUUGGUAAUGUCUUAGCAGUAGAUCCUGACAAUGGUUCAAAUGGCACUGUUGUGUAUGAACUUGCCCAAGGUGAUCAAGAAAAGUUUAGUCUACAUGAAACUACAGGUGAACUUUCUCUCCGAAAAAACAUUGGCCAAACUCCUGUCACUUACUCGCUUAGGGUGAUCGCCAGAGACAGUGGUAUACCAUCGUCUCGGUCAACACAUAUGGACAUUACAAUCAUUUUAGUUGGCACAUCUGGUGGACCAACUUUUCUUGGACAGCCGUACAAAGGACAAAUAUCAGAAAACAGACCAGCAGGCACUGACAUUCUGACUGUGGAAACUUCACCUACAGCGCUUCCAACGGAAUAUUACAUAACGGGAAUUACAUCGAAAGAAACAUCAACAGCGAAUUAUUUCAAAGUGAACAAAAUUGAUGGAUCCAUUACAUCAUCUAUUGUGUUAGAUCGUGAAAUCCAUGGAGAUAAUUUCACCGUAGAAGUUUGUGCCCUUGAGAAGCAGAACUCCGGUCCCAAGGCAACGCGCACGCAGGUUGUGAUCACGGUCUCCGACAUCAAUGACACUCCUCCAAUGUUCAGUCGUUCUGUGUACACAGUCUCCGUACUGGAGAGUUUACCGGUGGGAAGGGAAGUAACCAGGGUGAGCGUAACGGACCAGGACCUCAACGGUCAGGUGACCCUCAGUAUCACUGCUGGCAAUGUAGGAAACAGCUUUUCCGUCGACCAGAAUGGUGUUGUGACUGUAGCCAACCGACUUGACCGUGAAACUCUGGCUACCUAUGACCUCACCCUCAGCGCCUCGGAUGGUAUCAACAACUCCCAGAGUACCGUUACCAUAUCUGUCACAGACGUAAAUGAUGACAUCCCAUCCUUCAACAGCGCCCUCUAUACUUUCGACCUUCCGGAGGAUAUGGCUCCCCAUACUACUAUUGGAAGAGUUGACGCCACUGAUAAUGACCUUGGGGUCAACGGAGGGGUCAGCUACACACUGCUGACUCAGUUUGGUGGGGACAUGUUUGACCUUGACCCAAAUCAAGGCACUUUCACUCUCAAGAGCCAGCUUGACUUUGAACAGAUGCAGUUGUAUGUUCUGACAGUAGAAGCACGAGAUCAUGGCGAUCCUUCCCUCUCCAGUACUGUGUCUGUGUUUAUGAAUGUCAAGGACAUCAAUGACAAUUCUCCGACCUUUGACCCUGCCUCAUUCAGUACCAAAAUCUUUGAGAAUGUCACGGUAGACUCCAGCAUUAUCACUGUGUCUGCAUCAGAUAGCGAUUCAGGUGUGAACGGAGAGGUGAGGUACCGGAUCACAGGAGGGGAUCUAUACGACCAGUUCUCUAUCAACAUGGUGACUGGUGAAGUGACCACCAUCCGACCUCUAGACCGAGAAGUUGUGGCGCUGUACAGUCUGGAGGUGACCGCCACUGACCAGGCUGUCCCCCACACUGUCAGGAACACUGCCACUACCAAGAUAACGGUGAUUGUUGAAGACGUCAAUGACAGCUACCCAAAGUUUGUGUCACCCUCCCAGAUCUGGAUCAAGGAGAAUGCCCAGGUUGGUGAUGUUGUUGCUAUGGUGACAGCAGAAGACCAGGAUGAAGGGGGAAACGGAUUGGUAUACUACAGUACUACCAGUACAAAUCUACCCUUCACCAUCGAAAAUAUCCGUGGUAAACUCAGUGUCACACAGACUCUUGAUAGGGAGAAUGUGCCGCAGUACACCAUGAAUGUCAAGGCCACCGAUAAUGGAAUCCCACAGAGGUCGACAGAUCAAACAUUGAUAAUCCAUCUUGAGGAUGUCAAUGACAACAGACCUGUGUUCAGCCAGGCGGAAUACACCUCUACAGUGCAGGAAAAUAUCACUGUUGGAUCAACUAUCCUUACGGUUCAUGCCCAGGAUGCAGACUCGGGCACAAAUGGCCUGGUGCGCUAUUUCAUAAUUGCAGGAGAGGAUAACUCUGAUUUCAGUGUAGACCAGAGUACCGGAGUCCUCCGUGUGAAGAAAAAUUUAGAUUUUGAACGGAGGACUUUUUAUGAUAUCACCAUUCAGGCAGAAGAUAGUAGUUCCGAUACCAAAUCUGCACAGGCUUCUGUGAAAAUCGCCGUCACGGAUAUCAAUGAUAACGCCCCAGUGUUUGUGAAUUCGCCGUACAAACCUAUAGUGUUGGAAAAUGCAACACCUCCUGUUCGUGUCAUCAUAGUUUCAGCGAGGGACGACGAUUCGUCUCCCUACAACAAAGUGGCUUAUUCCUUUUUAGGUGGGAAUGAUGAGAAGAUAUUCCAUAUCAAUGAGAGUUCAGGGGAGAUAACCUGUAAUAAAUCACUGGACCGAGAAGUUAUCACAACGUAUCAACUAGUUGUCCGUGGAAAAGACUAUGAUCACCCCGGCCCGCUGCUGACCGGCACAGGGACAGUGAUCGUCACAGUCGCCGAUGUUAAUGAUAACUCUCCUAUCUUUGAACACUCCGGAACUUAUGUAGGACACAUUCUGGAAAAUGAAGAUCCAAUGACGUCCAUAUUAACAGUCCAAGCAACUGAUGCAGACAACGGCCUUAAUGGCCAAGUCACGUAUCGACUUGAGAACAACAUUGAGAACAAGUUUAUGGUGAAUCCUGCCACUGGAGUGGUGUCCACCACACAGGCCCUAGACCGAGAGGAAGUUGACCCCACCACUGGACACGUCCUUGACCAAUACAACCUCAAGGUCAUCGCGUCAGAUGGUGGAUUCCAGCCACACUUUACCAUGGCUGAUAUUGUCAUAUAUGUAGAUGAUGUCAACGAUAAUGAUCCGAUGUUCCUACGGCCUACCUACACUCAGGUGGUCAACAAUCCAACAACCGCAGGUGGUUUUGUGUUAGGAGUAACUGCAGUGGACCAAGACACCAGUUCAAAUGGACGGGUCACCUACCGACUGACUGGGACUAAUGCCGAUAGGUUUGUGAUAGACGCUGACCGGGGUAUUAUCACUGCGGCGCAGGCUAUCACACUUACUGGUGCCCGGUACUCCUGUUCUGUGGAGGCCUCUGACAAGGGGAGUGAGAGUAGGAAGUCCUCAGUGAACAUUGAAGUGACGGUGGCUUCUGCAAACAGCGACAAACCAACAUUUAACAACGUGCCUGAUAACCUGCGUAUCAAUGAGAAUGUUGUUAUGGGCUUCCCACUUACCUCCGUCUCCGCCGCCUCUCCGAUCGGGAGAAACAUCUUCUACCACAUCGCUGGGGGCAACGUUGCGAACACGUUCACCAUCAACGAUCAGACAGGUGACAUCACAGUUGGUAAUCAGGUAGACUACGAAAUAGCGUCAAACUUCCAGUUGUGGGUGGAGGCGCGUGUUACAGGGAAUCCUACCUUGUCAUCUUACGCAGCCAUCAAUGUUGACGUCACAGACCUCAACGACAACACACCACGCUUCAGCUAUAUGCUUUACUCUCACACGAUUUCUGAAAACCAGCCUACCAUUACAUCAGUCAUCAAGGUCUCGGCCUCUGAUGCUGAUGAUGGUGAAAAUGGACGGAUAACCUACUCGAUACAAGACGGUGAUCCCCACAACAACUUCACCAUUGAUACUGUUACCGGUGUCAUUCGUACACGGACUACGCUGGAUCGCGAGGUCACAGACACCGUCAAUCUCAUCAUCUACGCUGUGGACCACGGUUCCUCAUCCAAUACAGGUUCAACCACUGUGAGAAUCACCAUCUUGGAUCAGAAUGACAACCCACCUGUGUUUAAACGUCAGUUCAGUGCCACGAUUAACGAGGACAUUGACGUCGGAGUGUUUAUCCUACAGGUGACCACUGUAGAUGCUGAUAUUGGCAUCAACGCAAACGUUUCAUACACCAUGACACACGACAAAUUCACUAUUGAUGCAUUGAGUGGCAACAUUUCCUCUAACAGUGCACUUGACCUUGAAGAUAUAACAUCCACAUUUUAUAUGUUGGAUGUCAAGGCCACAGACGGCUACAAUGAUGUUGUGAGCAAAGUCAUUAUAUAUCUGAAGGACGUCAAUGAUAAGAUUCCCAUCUUCCAACCCCAGAAUCCAACAUUUACUUUCCCCGAGCGUCAGCCCUCUGGAACUCCGAUCGGAACAGUGACAGCUCUGGAUGCUGACCGUACUUCUCCAAACAACGAGGUUUAUUACACACUCAAGUACCCGUCCAAGGCUGUGGUCAUCCACCCCACCAAUGGAGGUCUCUCCUCCAAGCGUGAACUUGUGUAUCAACAGAAUAUCACUGCCACCCAUGCCAAUGUCCUGGAAGUGGUUGUCAUAGCAACAGACCUAGGAACUCCUCCACUGUCCUCGGAGACGAUGGUCAAGAUCAACGUACUGGAUGCCAAUGACCAUGCCCCAAUAUUUGAAAAGAGUAGUUACUUCUCGGCAGUGCCUGUUACCGUGGGACAUGGAGCAAGAAUUCUCCAGGUCAAGGCCACGGAUAGCCUCGAUGUCGGGGUCAACGCAGAGGUAGAGUUCUUCAUGGUAUCUGGCAAUGGAUCUGGCUACUUCACGGUGGAUACAACUACAGGGUUCAUAACUGUGGCAGCCGUCUUGGAUGCUGAUAAACAGGACGCUGACUUUAUUCUCAUGGUGGAGGCACGUGACAAGGGAACUCCCGUCAUGUCGUCUGUCACCACAGUGAGGCUGCGCAUCACAGGGGUCAAUCUGCAUGCACCUGUGUUUGUCACAACCGUGUUUGAGGUCACUGUUGAUGAAAACAUGGCGAUUGGCCGAGAGAUUGCAAAUAUAUCUGCCACAGAUGCAGACGUGACAGGACCUAAUGGGCGAGUACAGUACAGCAUUGCCAGCGGUAAUCCUGACAACUUGUUUGCUCUCAACAGUGUGAACGGUGCCCUAACCAUAGAGAAAGCCUUGGACUAUGAAACGACAAUGACACACUACCUCAACAUCACUGUACGCGAUCAGGGCCUACUGUACAAGGAGAUUUCUAGGACAUUUACUGUGUUUGUGAGAGACGUUAAUGACCAGGUUCCAGUGUUUAACCAGACACAAUAUGAUGCUUACAUCCCCGAAAACUCUCCCAGCGGUGAGAGAGUGAUCAAGGUGACUGCAACAGAUGCUGAUACCGGAAUUCAUGCAGACAUCGAAUAUUACCUUGACGACACUAGUCGCUUCAGCAUCGAGUCAAAGACAGGAAUCAUUCGAUCACAGGGCCAGCUAGACUAUGAGUCGCAGUCAUUGUACACUGUCACUGUAAUGGCCAUCAACCCCGGCACCACAAAGAAAGGCUCCACAAACAUUCAUAUUCACCUGACCGGGGUCAAUGAGUACUUCCCACAGUUUAUGCAAAAUGAAUACUCCUUUACUAUCACUGAGUCGGUGGCAGAUGGUUCGCCCGUUGGCAGCGUGCAUGCCAACGACAACGAUCAAGGAGAGGAUGGCGUGGUGUACUAUUACCUGAUCGGCUCUAGCAAUACCAAAGGCUUCAAAAUUAACUACAGCUCCGGCCUUAUCACCGUGUCCGGCCGCCCCGACUAUGAGAGCUCUCCUCAGAUUGACCUCAAAGUUCUGGCAAAGAACUGGGGCAGUGUCCAGGGUAACGAUACUGACCAAUGUACUGUGACCAUCAAAGUCACUGAUGCUAACGACGCCCCUGUAUUUAACGAGAGUGUGUACAGAGCGAGCGUGAAGGAAGGUUCCGGAGGGGGUGUCAGUGUUACACAAGUUUUCGCCAUUGACAACGACAACAAGCAAUCUGACCCACAGUUCUACUAUACCAUUCUGGGUGGAAACCUUAAUGAUGCAUUCGUGGUUGACAGAGUGACAGGAAUGGUGAGAACAUCAGGUUCAGGAAACCUUGACAGAGAGGUAGACGCCAUGUACAACAUCACCGUUGGUGCUGUCGACUCGGGCGUGCCACCUCAAACAGGUUCGGCCACUGUGCAGAUAACGCUGGAGGAUAUCAAUGAUAAUGCACCAUACUUCGACCCAGUCAUGCCGGUGGGGUACAUUCGAGAAAACAGUGCGAUAGGGUCAUCGGUCAUGAUGCUGCUGAGUCACACCUUCGACAAGGAUCUGCCGCCCAACUCUGGGUCGUACACGUACAAGACUGUUGCUGGGGACGACUACAACUUCUCUAUAUCUCCCACCACGGGUCUCAUCCAAACCAAGGCUGCCAUUGAUCGGGAACAAAAUCUCGACUUCAGCAUUCCUGUAGUUGUGUCUGAGUCUGGUAUAUUGAACAAGCUGUCGGCGACCUUGACUUUCCAUGUGAUUGUGGAGGAUGUGAAUGACGAGUCCCCGUUGCCUAGGAACAUGGCGGUACAGAUUGCGGUGAUGGACGGAGACUACCCGAUUAUGCCCGUUGCUGAUGUGCACCCCUUGGACAGAGACACCAUUGGCCAGUACCAGUGUUGGUUACAAAGUGAUGGCAACAGUAUCUUCGAGAUUCCAUCAGAAUCGUGUGACCUCAGGAUAAGAAACAAACCAACUGCAUCAAGGUAUACAUUAGAUGUGACGGGAUCAGAUGGUUUAAAUUCUCCCAACGCCAACUAUACAGUGAGUGUCAACAUGGUUGCCAUUGACAACAACACUCUACAGAACACAGUGAUUAUAAGGAUUGAAGACAUCACGCCUCGAUCGUUCCUGGAGAAUUCCUACACUCUGUUUCUCACCUCGCUGUCACAGCUGUCUGUGGGUGACACUGUGCUGAUGUUCCACCUGACCUCACUGGGUGAUGACAUGCUGGUGUUCGUGGCCAUACAGAGGUCAGAUGGUAGCUACGUUCUGGCUGACAUCCUCAAGGACAAGAUAGCCAACAACCUUGCUAAGAUAGAAGCAGACGCGGGUAUCUCUAUAACAACAGUGGGAUACUCGGUGUGUGGUUCAACAACCUGUGCAAGUGAUCAAGGUGGAAAAUGUGUGAACCAGAUUGCUGUUGGUACUGGAGCAUCAGUGGCUGAUUCCAGCUACCAGGUGAUUACCUCCCCUAGCCUGACCCUAGGGUACUACUGUAUCUGUCCACCUAACAUGUCUGGGGACACCUGUACCCAGACCGUGGAGAAGUGUGGCGGUGAUUACUGUCAGAACGCCGGUACCUGUGUCAAUGAUAACUUUGGUAACCCUGUGUGUGCCUGUGUUCCUGGCUGGACCGGUACAUACUGUGCCUCAGAUGUGCCAGAGUGUAACAGCAAACCCUGCUUGAAUGGAGGUCAGUGUGUAGAGAGUCCUGGCUCGUACUCUUGUCGGUGUCCUGAUGGUUUCUAUGGGGAUCACUGCGAGAUCGGACAGGACCACUGCAAGAAUACACCUUGUAGGAAUGGAGGCACAUGUAGGAACCAGCAGGAAGGCCGGGUAUGUGAUUGUCCUUUUACCUACUGGGGAGACAGCUGUGAGUCCACCAGUGUUGGCUUUGAGGAGGGUUCCUACAUGAAGUUCUCCUUUUCAUCUGUCCAGUACAACAAGCUGAUAGAUGUGACGUUUUCCACCCUAAGAUCUAACGCCCUUCUCCUGUACAACCCGGCUGUCACCAACAACAAGUUUGUGGCUCUGGAAAUCAUUGGAGGCUUUAUACAAUUCUCCUUUAACAUCGGCACAUCAACGUCACAAACCAUCAAGGUCAAGGUCAACAAGAAUGUGUCAACAGGCCAGUGGUUCAGGGUCAAGGUCACAAGAGCGGGGCAGAGAUUGGAUGUCCAUGUCCAAGACUGCCCAGCCAAUGGAGAGGAAUGUCAGUCAUGUGAGGACGGUAAUUCCUUCUGCCACGGUUACGACUCGCAGAACGCAGGGAACCUGUAUCUCGGCGGGGAGUUGAGUAUUGGUGGAAUUGGAGACAUCACAGAAAUCACCAGUCGAAACCAAAUUGUUACACACGAUUUCAUUGGCUGCAUAAAGAACUUCUACUGCAAUGACAGUGACCUGAUAACACGUUCGGGCUACCUUGCCAAGGUGAAGGUCAAGGACACUUGCCCAAGGUCAGAAGGGAAGAGUGUGUGUACAGGUAUUGUCUGCAGCAAUGGUGGUGUUUGUGUGGACGAAUGGAGCACGGCCCGUUGUCGGUGUCCGGAGAAAUACAGUGGGACUUUUUGUCAAAUUGAAGUAAAACCACUUGGAUUUGGUGCCAACACAAUUGUACAAUUCACACAGAGGGAAAGUUACUAUAGGGACAGCGUCGUUGGCACGGCAACCAACAGGAAGAGGCGGGCCACUGACACUUCCAGUGUGUUCAUCAGAUUCCGCACUACAGCUCAAAAUGGUCUCCUGUUCUAUGCCUCUCAGAACUCGGACUAUAGCGCCCUUCUAUCUGUAAUAGAAGGCAGACUGCAGUACAGUAUACUGAAGCAGGGAAUACAGACAGUACAACUAUUGUCUGUCCAGGUAUCCGAUGGUAACUGGUACAACGUCACCAUCUCUGUCACAGGUACACAGGUCAGUCUGACCGUACAGGGUUCCCCAGGAACUACCAAGGAUUUGACCUCUGCCUUCCUGUUCUCUGACCCUAAAGUGACCACUUUAGCCCUAGGAGGUGAUCCUUCAUCUUCCUCAUCUAAUGGAGAUGUCAGUCGACAAGGUUUUGGCGGCUGUAUUUCUGUAUUCCGUCUGGACAAUCAACCGAUCACACUCAAUGGUACAACUGACCGAUUUGUUGUGGUACCUUCCUCAGGUGUAGAGAACGGAUGUUCUGCUCUUUGCUCCGACUCACCGUGUGGAGAUCGUGCGUGUACCCCAGUAGGGGAGGAAGUACAAUGUGGUCCCACUGUUGAUGAUGCUGCUGGAAUCGGCAUUGGUGUUAUUGUGGUGAUAGCAUUCUUUGGAGUUCUCAUUAUUGUGAUCGUGGCUGUGUUUAUCUUCUGUCGUAUCAGACGACGGCAACAGAAUAAAUCAAAAUCGGGAAAUGCCAAAAUGAAUGGCAAUGCUCAUGUGAAUAAGAAUUUCACCGACAACAGUGCACAUAGUCAUCAGGACUCUGGGUACGGCGACCACCCAACAGAGGAGGAUUUCAUCAGCUCCCACAUUGAUCAGGGACUCACUGCAAGACGCAAUCAGCCCAACAGGCCUGAUAUCAUAAGCUCAGACAGGCAGCAUCGCAAACAAUUUCCUCUGGAGAUUGAUGACGGAACUGUUAUUAUAGACAAUGGUGAUGCUAUCAACAUGCAUAUGACAAGUGAGGACAUCCCGGAGCAUUACGAUAUAGACAAUGCCAGUAGUAUUGCUCCGUCAGACAUUGAUGUGGUGGCACAUUAUCGUGAUUACCGUGGGGUAAACAAACAUCCUUACCCACAUCACUCCCACCUAAACAAUAUACACAAUAAACCUCACAAUAAACAUUCCUCUAGGCAUGGUCCCAGUCCUCAGACCGUGCCUGGGCACGGCCGCAGCUCCGCGCCCAUCAGGGAGAGUCCAUCUCCUUAUGGUCGUCAAGGAAUGACCCACAGUCCUGCUCUGCUGGACCCCUCUCAACUACACAAUUCAGCAUGCAAUAGUCCCGCGGUACAAGGGGCCAGGAACAGCCCCAUGAACCACCUUUCUAGGCAGUCACCACACAUGAGGUACAGUCCCUUGACCAACCCUAAUGUACGGGGGACACCACUGUCUGACCACGUACAUCACAGUCGGACAGACUCUGAGCACAGUCUUGCCAGUCAUCAUAGUCACAGUUCCAGUUCCUCAGUGGCUCGUCCUCCAUCUCUUCCUCAGGGCCACCCCUCCCAGCUCAGGGGCAACCCUGUCAAGGUGCAGCCUCCACAGCCACGCCAGGUUAAGGGCCUCACAUAUGGGGAAGUUAAAAAACUUAAUACCCGUCCCCAGCCACCUAGUCCCGAGAGCAUGGUGGAAAUGGUGUCUUCGUCUAGUGCAAGUCAUGGACACCACCCACCCUACAUACACAACAGUUCUGUGUUAGAAGCCCCGGACUCAAGCUCCGAGGAAAGUGCAAAUGACUCGUUCACAUGCUCCGAGUUUGAGUAUGAGAAUGAAAGGCCUCGAAAUGACUUUGAUUCAUCAAACUUGAUCUUAUCAAAACUGGCAGAGGUGGAAAAUGAGAAUCAGGAUUAUAACUCUCACAAUAAUAAUAAUCAUAGAAAGUUCAUAUCAGAUGGACGGACUUCAAAUGGUGAUUCCUUCGGGUCCUCGGAGGAUGGUCCCGCAAAUGGUGCUAAGCCAAUCAAUGGUACAUUUAACUGGGAUGAAUUCUUAAAUUGGGGCCCAAGUUUUGAGAAGUUAGUAGGUGUGUUUCGUGACAUAGCAUCCCUCCCGGAUGGUGACAAUCUAGACGGAUCCCCAGAGAUCGAAGUUCACCAGGAGGAAGAGGAAUAUGUAUAACCCCUCAGGUCACUAGAUGUUUGUCUAAUUUAUGAAUUAUAGCCCUUCAUUGUGAGGUAGGAGUUUCCUCCCUUUACUAUAAAGCAUUGCAUUAUUAUUCUUAUUAUGUUUUCAAAUCAAUUAUGCAAAUAUGUAUUACAUUUGCAUGAACAUUUUUAUAAAUUUGUAAAUUCAGAAUUCGGUUUCCUGAGUCAAUUUUAUGAUGUAAAGGAAAAAGAAAUUUGUACAUAGACAUUUGUAAGAAGUGUAUGUAAUAUUGAACUAAUUGUUUUUAUUUGUCUGAGAAAAUGGACGGAGUGAGAAUGUAUCAGACUUGGUGCAAAUGAAUUUGUGUAUGAAACAUCUAUUAUAACAUUGUUUACAUUGUAUACACAUCAGUGUGCUGCAAAUUAUUUUUCUGAGAGUAUUAGUAUGAAGAAUUCUUUUCUAAGUUGAAGUUUUGUAAUGGUGAGUUGUAGACUUGGUCUACAGUAUCACAGAAUACCCAGUAUUACCCUGGGCCUGUAUUUAUUAAUCCAGUAUUGCUCAGGCACAAAUUCUAGGCUCAAACUCACUUUAUUGUAACUUGCUGAAAUAAUGUAGCGGUCAAGAAGUUAAGUGAAGACAUUGGAAUGCAGUAUCUCCAAAGGUCCUCCAAAUAAUUGUAAAAAUGUGCAAUUUGAAGAAUUAUUUUACUGGAACAAGGAUUUGAAUUUUUCAUGAAUACAGGCUCAGAACUUUAUCCAAAUAUCUCCCUUAAAACUGUUGAUUCCAUUCUUCUCCUUGAUUAAAGUUAAUUUCUUUUUGUCAGGAAAUGUCAAAGUAUCAAACUGGUAGGUAACGUUGAAAGCAGAUCAAUCUAUCAUGGUCAAAAUCAUUCAGAAAUGAAUAUUUAAUUUAAUGGAUUUAAUGCCGAUAUUGAGUCCAAAUCAUAAAUCUUUUGACUUUGGGUAUAUUUUUUACAUCAGCUUCAUAGAAUUCCUUGACGUGUUUAUUUGAGAGUGAUUUGUGAAAAAAAGAAACUUUAACAUAUGUAUUGGUCAUAAGAUGACUGUUAAAAGAGUUUAUGUGACUAAGAUUGAGUGGAAGUGCUGUGUCAGUUGAGUGUUUGCAUCUAAGCUGUGAUUUGGGUGUCGUUGCAGUGAACAGCGUGUAUGUUGUCCGAGAUUCACAGCAGUUGAUUUGGAAGUCUGUACUAUAACAGGUCCAAGUCUUUCUGAAAUAGCCAAGGAGCAAAACCAUCAAGUUUACAUUCCAUCCUAACAUUAUCCACUUACUGUUCAGCUGGACUAACAAAGUGGUCAGUUAAGUUAAAAUUCUGUGUUUGGUCACCUCAGCUGGGAUUUCAUUUGAGGAGACAGCUUAGCUGAAAUCCCAUUGGAAGUUUUAGCAGGUAUUCCAAUUGAGGACUUGGCUGAAAUCUCAUUUGGGGGGUCCCCUUACAUUACCUGGAUCUCAUGAGUGUGAGGCUGAAAUCUCAUGUCAGGGCUCUUACCUGAAUUUCCCUUAAGAUGGUCUGUUUUAAGUAAGCAAGGCUGUUUCUUUGAUCAGUGUUGCUUUACAGUUUCUGAUAGCUCAGUUUUUCGGAAAUAUAACAAAUUCCUUGGUGUUUUUUUUCUAUUCUGAAAUGUAUUUUGUAAGUUUCCACCAUCUGAUAGACAUGCUAAUGUGUUGAAGUGUAUAUUAACUUAUUAAUCAAAACGACCUGCUGUACCUACACUGGCAUGUCAUACUGCUGAGGAGCAACGCUCCAAUCAUGAUAUUGCUCACAAAAAUCAAAACUUAAUUACAUUUUAUUGUUGUCUCCAGUCUUUUAUAAUGUUACCAUCAGUAUACAGCAUUAAACUAAAAAGGAUUUUUCUAUUUCCACGUACUUGAAUUCAUAUUCUUUCCAAAGAUCAAUAUUAUUUUACCUUUAGUGUCCAAAGUUUUGAUUUGCAUCAUUUCCCAAAAUCAGAACAGACGUUAUUUAGUUUGUUCAGUUUUAUAAGAUCUUAUUUAAGAAAUAUUGGCAUUUUUUUUCCACUGAAAAUUUGUCUUGCUUUAAUAUUGUAAAUUGUAUAACAUGUGAAGUUUUAUCAACAUUUACCAGAAGGUUUGUGUAUAUCAGCUGUGAUUUUUCGAACCAGUGUUUCUAUAGACCUAUGUUUAUUUCUAUAGACCUACGUUUCUAAGGAUCGGAAUGUCUGACGUUGUGUUUAUGUUGGUCCCUAACAUUUACCAAAUAUGUAUACAUGUACCAUCGCUCUAGCAAUAUUACGUCACAUAUCAGGUCAGAUUGAUCAACGUGUCAAGAUUUUUAUAUGAAAAAUUAAAAAACUAAAUAUA